AGGUGUGUUCUCAUUCUGCCUGAUGCAAUCAUAGUGAAGAAGGCAUGGCGAAUCGUACGGUGAAAGAUGCAACAUCGAUCAAAGGAACUAAUCCGCAGUACUUGGUUGAGAAGAUUAUUAGAUCAAGAAUAUAUGAUAGUCGUUAUUGGAAGGAAGAAUGUUUUGCACUGUCAGCCGAGCUGCUGGUGGAUAAAGCAAUGCAGCUGAAGUACGUCGGAGGCGUCUUUGGAGGCAACAUCAAGCCCACACCAUUCCUCUGCCUGGUGCUGAAGAUGCUGCAGAUCCAGCCUGAAAAGGAUAUUAUUGUGGAAUUUAUUAAGAAUGAAGAUUUCAAAUACGUCCGUGCGCUGGGGGCGUACUAUAUGAGGCUAACAGGCACCUCACUGGACUGCUUCAAGUACCUGGAGCCACUGCUCAACGACUACCGGAAACUGCGGUCUCAGAAUCGACAAGGCGUGUUCGAGCUCACGUUCAUGGACGAGUUCGUGGACCAGCUGCUGCGCGAGGAGCGCAUGUGCGACGUCAUCCUGCCGCGCAUCCAGCGGCGACAGGUGCACGAGGAGAACAACGAGCUGGAACCGCGCGUCUCGGCGCUCGACGACGACCUGGACGAGCUGGCCGAGUCGUCGGGCGAGGACGAGCCGCCGCUGCCGCCGCGCAGCAAGGGCCGCGCCCGCGAGCCUGGCCGGCGGCGAGAGCACCGGGAACACCGCGGUGAGCACCGCAGCGACCACCGAGCCGAUUUCCGCGGGGACCCGCGAGCAGAGCACCGGGGCGAGCGUCGGGAGCACCGGGAGCACCGCGCGGAUUGGGCGGCUCCGGAGAGGCCGGAGAAGCGCCACCGCGGCGAUUACGACAACCACCGCGAACACCGCGGCGACUACGACAACCACCGCGAGCACCGCGGCGACUACGACAACCAUCGCGAGCACCGCGGCGACUACGACAAUCACCGCGAGCACCGCGGUGAGCACGACGGCCACCGGGAGCACCGGAGCGAGCGGGAGCGGCGGGAGCACCGCGCCGAGCGGCGCCACCAUCGCGAGGAGCGGCGCGAGGAGCGACGCGGCCGGCACCGCGGCGAGGAGGAGCGGCGCGAGAUCGAGGAGGCUAACGCUCUGCGGGCCAAGCUGGGCCUGCCGCCGCUGCGGCCCUGAGCUGGUGCCGCGCUGGGAGACGCCGCAGGUCAGCGACGGGACUCGCGCCGUUCGCGGCCUGGCUGUGGAGCGGCAGGGCGGGCGGGACACGCCACUCGUCAUGUCGCGUGUGUGGUGAGUGGUGUCCGCGUGCUGUCCGUGGCAAGGUAGGGGGAGAAGGGAGCGCUCCCGGCGGGCACGUCUCUCCGCGCGC